UUCUACUCCUGCCCUGUCUAGGAUCAGCGUAAAUAUUGAGCUGAAAUGGUGGCUAUGCUACGGAUAUCUGCUGACUGCUUUUUAGUGUCAUGGAUUUGGUGAAACAAUAAUUGGUGCCUAAUGUAGGAAAUUCACAGUGUUGGAUUGUAAACUUGAACUGGCAGACUGACAGAAGCUUGACUUGAAGCACAUGGGAAAAUACGGUAGACGCUGCUGUUUUUUUUACUGCAAUCACAGUAUUGAAGAUUGAAGCUGCUUUCUUUUAACUUGUUACCCAAAGGAAACUUAUUUUUUUCUGGAUAAUCCUAGUUUCUUGUUCAGUGCUAUUGAAGUGAACUGGACUGCAUGUUUUCAGCUCAUUGAAUUCCCCAUUGGAGUUUCUGCAGUGACUAGCUGCUGGAGAAAAGUGACUGUUCAGCACGGCAUCAUUGCCAACGGAAUAAUUGUCCUAUUCUGAUUCUGGGUCACACUUGUAUACUCCACCUUAUUGUACGGCCAGCCCUGUCUGUGUUCAUGUUUUUUCUCUCUCUCCCUUUUUCUCUCAUCUGGCCUGUGUUUAAUUGUACUGCGGUAGAAUUAAUUAAAUGAAUCUUCAUGUGAAACUGGUUUGUAGUUUCUCCUGGAUACUGCUUCGGCCUGAUGAAAACCUAUUGCACAGGAAAAAAAUCUUAGGCCUUCUGUUAUGGAGAGCUACUCGGUUUCUCUACGUUUGUAAAUCACUGAAGAUCUGAACCACAUGAUUUGCCUGCUUUUCUAUUUAAGGAAUGGUGUCAUGUCACCCAUAACAACAGCUACGCUGCAUCGAGGAUACUCUCUCAAAUAAGGAACCAGUUCAGUAUCACUGUAUGUAUUGGCACCAAGGCUGAUUUUUACACCGGAAUCGUUCUGUAAACCAUAUGGAUAAGAUCAGCAUAUCAUCUCUGGCAUAGUCAGUUGUUCUGAGUAACAAAAUAGGAUCAGUCGUUCUCCAUUAAAAAGUGGAGACGCUGUCUCUGAAUAAAGACUAUAAAAAUAGUGUAUAAACAGGAGAUCGGAUGAGCCGAGUGUGUAUUGUUGUUCUGGAGGAGGUGGAUGAUGAUUCUCCCAUUAUUACUUCUAAAAAGCUUCAGGAAAAGUAUGAGGAUGUGUCAAAGUCAAUUUCACCUGAAGAUGGAAGGCCACCACUGGUUCAGGCUAUUUUUAAUGGAGAUCCAGAUGAAGUCCGCAGCCUAAUUUUCAAAAAAGAGGAUGUCAAUGUACAGGAUGCUGAGAAGAGAACUCCUUUGCAUGCUGCUGCAUAUCUAGGAGAUGCUGAAAUUAUUGAACUCCUUAUUCUAUCAGGAGCUAGAGUUAAUGCCAAAGACAACAAAUGGUUGACUCCCCUGCAUCGUGCUGUUGCCUCUUGCAGUGAGGACGCAGUUCAGGUGCUUUUGAAGCAUUCGGCUGAUGUGAAUGCUCGUGACAAAAACUGGCAGACUCCAUUACAUAUUGCUGCUGCAAACAAGGCUGUGAAGUGUGCCGAAGCUCUGGUUCCCCUUUUAAGUAAUGUAAAUGUCUCCGACCGAGCAGGGAGAACUGCUUUACACCAUGCUGCCUUCAGUGGACAUGUAGAGAUGGUUAGCUUGCUCCUAUCCAGAGGUGCCAACAUCAAUGCCUUUGAUAAGAAAGACCGACGUGCUAUUCACUGGGCUGCCUAUAUGGGCCACAUUGAGGUGAUCAAACUGUUGGUAGCACAUGGAGCUGAAGUGACUUGCAAGGAUAAGAAAGCUUAUACACCACUUCAUGCUGCAGCUUCCAGUGGAAUGCUCAGUGUCGUCAAAUACCUACUAGAUCUUGGAGUUGAUAUUAAUGAGCCAAAUGCAUAUGGAAAUACUCCUCUCCAUGUGGCCUGUUACAAUGGCCAGGAUGUAGUUGUGAAUGAGCUAAUUGACUGUGGAGCAAAUGUCAACCAAGUGAAUGAGAAAGGCUUCACUCCACUGCACUUUGCUGCUGCUUCAACACACGGUGCACUGUGUUUAGAACUCUUGGUCAGUAAUGGGGCAGAAGUGAACAUUAAGAGUAAAGACGGGAAGACUCCAUUGCACAUGACAGCAAUUCAUGGCAGAUUCUCAAGGUCGCAGACCAUCAUUCAGAAUGGUGCAGAGAUAGAUUGUGAAGAUAAGAAUGGUAAUACUCCAUUGCAUAUAGCUGCUCGAUAUGGACAUGAACUUCUUAUAAACACACUAAUCACUAGUGGAGCGGACACUGCAAACCGGGGCAUCCACGGAAUGUUUCCACUACAUUUAGCAGCCUUAAGUGGCUUUUCUGAUUGCUGUCGCAAGCUCUUGUCCUCAGGCUUUGAUAUAGACACCCCAGAUGAAUUUGGCAGGACCUGCCUUCAUGCGGCUGCUGCUGGAGGAAAUCUGGAAUGUCUAAAUCUAUUGCUUAACAGUGGAGCUGAUUUCAACAAAAAGGAUAAAUUUGGACGGACCUCACUGCAUUAUGCUGCUGCCAACUGCAACUACCAGUGCCUGUUUGCUCUUGUGGGAUCUGGGGCCAGUGUAAAUGACCUUGAUGAAAGAGGUUGCACACCACUUCACUAUGCAGCAGCAUCAGACACAGAUGGAAAGUGCCUGGAGUAUCUGCUCCGAAAUGAUGCAAAUCCUGGAAUUCGAGAUAAACAGGGCUAUAAUGCAGUGCACUACGCAGCUGCCUAUGGGCAUCGUUUAUGUCUUGAACUUAUUGCAAAUGAAACUCCUCUAGAUGUAUUGAUGGAAACUUCAGGUACAGACAUGCUGAAUGAUUCUGAUAAUAAGGCACCCAUUAGUCCUUUGCAUUUGGCUGCUUACCAUGGUCACCACCAGGCUUUAGAGGUACUGGUACAGUCUCUCUUAGAUUUAGAUGUGAGAAAUAAUAAUGGACGUACACCGUUGGACCUGGCAGCUUUCAAAGGACAUGUAGAGUGUGUGGACGUGUUAAUCAAUCAGGGAGCAUCCAUUCUUGUUAAAGAUUUUGUGACUAAAAGAACUCCAAUUCACGCUGCGGCAACAAAUGGCCAUUCAGAGUGUCUACGGCUCCUAAUAGGCAAUACCGACCUCUACACAGCAGUGGACAUUCAAGAUGGAAAUGGACAAACUCCUCUGAUGUUGUCAGUCUUGAAUGGACAUACGGAUUGUGUAUGCUCACUUCUUAAGGGUGCAAACGUAGAUGCCAAAGACAAAUGGGGGAGAACUGCGUUACACAGAGGGGCAGUAACUGGUCAUGAAGAGUGUGUGGAAGCUUUACUUCAACACAAUGCUAACUUCUUAAUUCGGGACUGCAAGGGCCGCACAUCUCUGCACUUGGCAGCUGCUUGCGGACAUGUGGGAGUACUUGGGGCAUUACUUCAAGCUGCGUCAUCAAUGGACAUUGUUCCUACAGUUUCAGACAAUCAUGGUUACACACCUCUGCACUGGGCUUGUUAUAAUGGUCAUGAUACCUGUGUAGAACUUCUGCUGGAACAGGAGGUUUUUCAAAAACUGGAAGGCAACUCUUUUAAUCCAUUGCACUGUGCUGUAAUAAAUGAUAAUGAAGGUUCAGCAGAAAUGUUGAUAGAUGUCCUAGGUGCUAGCAUUGUAAACUCUACAGAUGGAAAAGGAAGAACCCCUCUUCAUGCUGCAGCUUUCACAGAUCAUGUUGAAUGUUUACAACUUCUACUCAGCCAUAAUGCUCAAGUAAAUACUGCAGAUUCAACUGGAAAAACACCAAUAAUGAUGGCAGCUGAGAAUGGGCAGACUAAUGCUGUUGAGGUAUUAGUUAGCAGUGCAAAGGCCAACCUUACCCUGCAGGAUAUGAACAAGAAUACAGCCCUCCAUUUGGCUUGUAGCAAGGGCCACGAAACUAGUGCCUUGUUAAUACUGGAAAAGAUUACUGACAGGAGCCUCAUAAAUUCAACGAAUACUUCAUUGCAAACACCGCUGCAUGUUGCUGCACGCAAUGGGUUAACUGUAGUUGUGCAAGAGCUUCUGAGCAAAGGAGCUAGUGUACUCGCUGUAGAUGAAAAUGGUUACACACCUGCAUUGGCUUGUGCUCCAAAUAAAGAUGUGGCAGACUGCUUAGCCCUUAUUCUGGCCACCAUGAUGCCUGUUUCAUCCAGCAGCACUUUGCCCACUCUCAGUUUUAAUGCCAUUAAUCACUACAGUAACCCUUCAAAGACUGUGUCUUUUGACUCUCUACCGAUAAUGAGAAGUGAUCAUAGCUCUUUCUGCAGUUUGAACAGUAUAGGCAGAGAAGAUGGUUACCCUUAUACUGAAGAUGAUGAACUAAACGAUUCUGAUUCAGAGACCUACUGAAUACACUGACUUGAACUUUCGCGAUGAAAGCCCUUGGAGCAUGCCCAUAGGUGGAUGGGUUUUUUUUAAAAUGAGCGCCUUCUGAACUCCCUUAGCCAAGCGGAGCAAUUAUAUUAUAUGUUUAAAGUUGAAUUUAUCAAAAAGAAGACACAAGAAUGCAGGUCUAUGGAACAAGAAACAAGCAGCUCAGACCUUGUGAACAAUGUAAGGAACUACGGACAAAGUCGAUGGAUGCCAAUAUUAUGUUAUUUUAAUGCUCUUUAUUUCCAGUGCCAGGAUCCAUUUCAACAGCAUACACUGGGUAAUGGUUUGAAUGAGAAGACUUUACAAUGCUGGGUGGAAUAGCACUACCUAAAAUUAAUGGGAACGGCCAAUCAAAAAUUCCUAAGUCUUAGGCAUUACUGAAUCUAGUGAAGAAAAUUGCGUAAAUAGAUUGGUAUAUAUCACAUCAUUCACUUGCAUGAUGAUCUACCAAAGGGACCAAACAAACUGAUUUUUAAAAAAAUCUUAUGUAAAAAUGAAACACAAAUAUUUAGAGAGCUGUAAUUAACGACCUCUCAAGCUGCAACUUUUAAAACUUGCUUUAACAGUAUUAAAGUUAAACAAUUCAGAUUUUGAUGUACAUUUGUUGAUCAACUCUAGGUCUUACUAGUUUUGCAUGACUAUAGUAAAGGCAUUGUGGUAGGGUGGGGAGGGAAAGAGAAGAAACAACUGGAACCUAUUUUUGAGCUAACACAAAUGCCCCUUUCCUACUUUUCUAGUUUGGUUUAAGACCAACGAACAUGGUGCAACCAGGGUGAUGCAUAAUUAAAUGUUAAAAUCUGCCAAGUUAUUGUGGAGAACUACUCAUUCUUUUUGCAGUUUUUUCAAACCUUACUUUUACCAGUGUAUUUUAUGAUAUAAUUGGUAUUUUAAAAUAGAUUUGUAGAUAUGGAAACCAACGAUACCACAAGUCUCGGAAAGUACGAUUGCUUGGACUUGCAAUGCAGUGAACUUAUUUUUAAUCGACAUUCACCUUUUAGAUGAUUAACUGUUCUACAGUUAUUGAAGCCGCAUUUGUACAAUUGUUUGCUUGGUUUCCAAUUUCUUCAGUGCCUUCAUUGUUGUCUGUUUCAUCUUCUGGAUGUACAUUCAGGGAGGGAGACAUAUGAAGUUGUUAGUAGGUGAGACCUUUUUCUCUGUUGAGAAUUUUCUUUUCAGCACCCCAUUACCAUUGGUUAUUUGCUUCCACGGUUAAACUCGUUUGACAGGGGUUUGGGAAGAACUCAUGCAGAAGGUCAUGGCAAGCAUAUUUUUUCAGUUGAAGCAGGCAGCAUUCUCAUUCUGUUUGCACAACUGAAGUAUGAUAGCAUUGCAUUUGGUUCUUUAAUGUCAGAAAAGGCUUUCCUGUUAUCUGCCCAAAUGGAUUAAUACCUAUUGCUUUUUUUAAAGACACUACUCGGUACAAAAUAGUUUUGUUAAAACAGUGCUCCUGAAAUGUAUUUAGUUCAUUUCAUUGCAAACAGCAGGCCUGGAGAGCACAAUAAAUGGCUGAAUUUGAUUCAGUUUAAUCCUUUAAGUCACUACAUUCUUAAAAGUUUAUUGUUGCAUUUCAUUCAGCAGUUCCUUUACUUAGUUGUAUAAUGUCAACUACUGUAUAAAUUUUACCUAUUUUGCCACUUUUUUUAGUUGGUGUGACUUUUCAGCAGUCUUGGGUAAAAGCCCUAAAAAGAACAGUUCCAUCAAACCAUGGUAUUUUAAUAACUGGAAUCCUUUAAAGUGCAAACUGAUUUCUCAAAAUGUUGAAGUGUGAAAUGGGACAAAAUCUGUGCUGUUUUGAUGUACCUUUGAUUUGUUUUAUUUUCUUUGAAGAGGUUAAGAUUAUAGCAUGUAUAUAGAAAUUGUGACUGCUUGGUUAUCCACCUGCAUUCUUUAAAUACAUUGCUGAGAUUAUUGUAUAUUUUAUGGAUAAUAAAACACAAAUGUGAGUUGUAUGUAA